GAUUGUCAGGGCAUCCCAAUAAUAAGUGUCAUAAUCAAGUGUUUUGUACUAUUCGGUACUGGGUUGUGCACACGAAAAAGUAUCGUGUGCAGUUUGGCUUAAUUUUGACGUAUUAUUCUGCUUCGAAACUGAUUUUAACAUAUUCAGAUAGAAUAUGUACUCUCGGCCUAGUGAAUUAUUCGCCGCGGAGUGAAAUAUUUGUAGUUCAAUUUCGCCGGGGCUGAGAAGUGCAGUGGAUAUUCAACUCCAAAAUUGUUCUCAGUAAGUUUUUUCUGAAGCAAUUUAUUGUUGAGUUAAUUUCGGAGCAGUGCAAAUAAGUCUUGUGAUAUUGUGUUGUACGUGUUAAUCAAAUUAACUGCGUAUCAAGGAGUAGUAGCGCCGUUUCGAGGAAUUAUGAAAUAGAGGAGGAAGUGAGUGGCGUAAACAACCCUUCUACUGUAUAUUAGACCAUCAUGUUGUACUGUCCGCCUAAUGUUACCCUUUCUGACAUAUGGGUCAACCAUGGAAUAUCACAUUGCUUUAUGGAUACCGUGGCCCCUUCGAUUAUGGCCGGAUUCCUGUUCGUAUUUGGCACCGUUCAGCUGAUGAUGUAUCGGAAAUAUGCAACACGGAUAGCAGAUGAAGCGCAAAUAGCGAAAUCGAAAUUGUACAAUUUCCAAAUAUUUUUAUUAUUUUUUUUCCCAUUUGUGGCAUUACUGAGGUUUAUUUUUCAAAUAUGGGCUUAUCCUGGCGGAGCGCUGUAUGGGUAUAUGAUACUCUCCUGUGUUCUAACGUGUUUAAUGUAUCCGUUUUCGGUAUGUUUGGUUUUUAAAGAGAGAUUUUAUCUUUUGCCUUCGGUACCUACUCGAGGACAUGGUCUGGUUCUUUUAUUAUUUUGGACAAUGACAUUUAUCACGGAAAAUCUGUCAUUUGUCAAUAUGGAGCACGAGGAUUGGUGGUUCCACUUGGCCAACAUGAAGGAUCGCAUUGAAAUGUCGUUAUUUGUCAUUCGUUACAUAUGCGGGUUGUUAAUAUUCGUAAUAGGUCUCAAGGCACCGGGUCUCGCCACGCCAAGACAUGACGACGACGAGGAACUCUUACGCCCUGAUCAGGAAAAUAACCACUCGGCUUUCUACAAUGCUUGGAAAAAGUUGAAGAAAUUAUUCCCGUAUCUUUGGCCGAAAAAGAAUCCAUUGCUCCAAGGACGAGUUUUAUUUUGUAUACUUUUACUGGUGGCUGGACGUGUGAUAAAGCUUUAUUUGCCAAUAUAUCGAAAAAAUAUAGUCGACAGUCUGACAGAGACGCCUUUGAGAUUCCGAUAUGAUCUGGUUCUCAUCUUUGUGGCACUAUCUUUUCUACAAGGAGGUGGCACAGGCACUAUGGGGCUCUUGAAUAAUCUGCGAUCGUAUUUAUGGAUUGCCAUUCAACAGUACACAACCAGAGAAAUCGAAGUUGAAUUAUUCCGGCAUUUGCAUCACUUGUCAUUGCGAUGGCAUUUGCAACGUAAAACGGGCGAGGUGCUGCGGGUGAUGGAUCGUGGAACGGAUUCAAUAGUCAAUUUGCUCAAUUAUAUCAUAUUUUCGAUUGCUCCAACUAUAAUUGAUAUAUUUGUGGCGGUUAUUUUCUUUAUUACAAUGUUCAAUUAUUGGUUCGGUUUGAUUGUCUUUUUGACGAUGUUCCUUUAUAUAGCUGCAACUAUUGUUAUUACCGAGUGGCGUACGAAGUACCAGCGACGGAUGAAUUUGGCUGACAAUGAGCAAAAAGCAAGAAGUGUAGAUUCCUUACUGAAUUUCGAAACUGUUAAAUAUUACGGUGCCGAAGGCUAUGAAGUGAAUGCUUAUAAGGAGGCAAUCUACAAAUAUCAGAAAGAAGAAUGGCUAACUCUACUCACUUUAAACUUUCUCAAUACAGCCCAAAACAUAAUUUUAUGUGCGGGUCUCCUGACCGGCUCUCUCCUCUGCGUCUAUUUAGUUGCAGAUCAGGGAACGCUUACCGUCGGCGAUUAUGUUUUGUUCAUCACCUACUUAAUGGACUUGUACAUGCCACUGAAUUGGUUCGGAACCUAUUACCGUGCAAUACAGAAAAAUUUCGUAGACAUGGAAAACAUGUACGACUUACUCCGAGAAGAAGAGGAAAUCAUUGAUGCUCCAGGUGCUGGUCCACUGCGAAUAACAGGUGGCGGUGUAGAAUUCUCGAAUGUCUCCUUCGGUUACACACCAGAACGGUUUGUACUGAAAAAUAUUAGCUUUAAAAUAGAACCAGGCAAAACAGUGGCUUUGGUCGGUUCAUCUGGAGCCGGAAAGAGUACAAUAGUUCGAUUAUUGUUCCGAUUCUACGACGUCACUAGUGGAUCGAUCAUGAUCGAUGGGCAGAAUGUGAAACUCGUGCAACAAAACUCCUUGCGAAAGGCAAUCGGUGUGGUUCCGCAGGACACAGUGCUAUUUAAUCAAACAAUUUUCUAUAAUAUCGAAUACGGGAAGAUUGGUGCUUCCACAGAAGAAGUUCAUGAGGCAGCACGAAGUGCCGAUAUACACGAGCGCAUACUUAACUUCCCAGAUAAGUACGAGACGAAAGUUGGCGAGCGAGGUCUCCGGCUCAGUGGGGGAGAAAAACAGCGGGUAGCCAUUGCCCGCACGAUUCUUAAAUCACCAGCAAUUGUAUUAUUAGAUGAAGCAACAAGUGCAUUAGACACUCAGACGGAACGAAACAUUCAAUCAGCCCUGGCCAGAGUGUGUGCAAAUCGUACUACACUCAUUAUUGCUCAUCGCCUCUCCACCAUUAUCCAUGCUGAUGAGAUUCUAGUUCUAAAGGAAGGAAGUAUCGUGGAACGUGGUCGUCAUGAAGAUUUGUUAUUGAAAGAGGGUCUUUACGCAGACAUGUGGAAUCAACAGCUGAAAAACUUGGAAGCGGAGAAAAAUCGUGAGAUUUCGAAUGGUAGUGCAAAUUCAAGUGCAACAUCUGUGAAGAAUGGAACGGGUCGUGAGGGUAUUUCUAAUCGUAGUCAUCAUCCGUAAAGUAAGAAAUUAUACGCUUAAUGCACUAAUAGUUGAGGUAAAUAUAGAGCAGCUAUUUUUAUCCUUCGUGAUGUUUGCAAGGCGGGAAUAUAUUUUAUGUUUUAUAAUUUUUUUCCCUUAUAAAAUUAUUGAAAAGUUUAGUAGAGUGUGAUCAUAGGAGACUCUGUCGAUACAAUGUUUACUGAGCAAGAACUAUGUUUAAUAAAAUUUUAGAAAAUAAA